UAUUGGCCCAAUGCACGCUUGCUUUGCUUACUUUAGUUUGCUUUGCUUUACUUUGAAGGCUUUUAUGGCCUAAUGGUAGCUUUGAACGCUGUCAUAGUAGUCAGCUGAUUUUCAAUGCGCGCAAAUAUACCCGCCAUUCUUUGUUGUGCCAGCAAGUAUAAUUAUACCUUGCUUUUUUAUCGUUCCGGUUUUGGUGAAGCUGCAUUUGGCUGCGCCACUCACCACCCGUGUUUAUAAGACGUAAUAUUCAAUUGGAGAUACCUUGCUUUUUAUCGUUCCGGCCACCAGAUUCGUUGGUUUUCAUAAUGUUUCAUUUGGCAGUACAAAAUGUUGACUCGAAAUGCUGAACAAGUUUUGAGAAUUUUCCUAAUUUUAGCGAAAAUGCGUAAAUUAAAACUGCGAUUAAAACAGAAGCGCCGAUUUUGGGUUCGGAAAUUGUACUUAGAGCGACACAAAUAUGGAUUGUUUGAAAGUUCAUUAAGAAACUUGGCUGCAGAUGAGGAGCAGUUUAACAAGACAUUAAGAAUGCCCUUUUCGUUAUUUAAUGUGCUGCACGAAUUUCUGGAGGCUUCGCUGACCAAAUAUUCAAUCAGAACACCAAUAUCGAGCCGCUGCAGACUAUUUAUAACCCUGAUAUAUUUGGCUCACGGUGGCACUCGGCAAAUCCACACAAUAGUUCACAGGAUCGGCCUGACGACUUUCAGGAAGAUUACGUUGGAGACAUGUAUGACCAUAUGGGAUCUGUUAGCUGACCUGUAUGUGGCGACCCCGUCAGAAACGGAAUGGGGACGUAUUUCCAAUGAGUUCAAGUCGCUGUGGAAUAUGCCCAACUGCGUUGGUUCCAUCGACGGAAAGCACAUUAAUAUUACCUGUCCAGCGAAUUCAGGGUCGAUGUACUAUAAUUACAAAGGCAAUUAUAGUAUCGUGCUUUUGGCCGUAUGUGAUGCCAAUUAUACCUUUACCUGCGUUGACAUCGGAGCAUAUGGAAGUCAAAGCGAUGGCGGUGCUCGGCCUUCCACAUGA